AUGAAACACUUACUCUGUACUGAACUCUCUGCACAAAUUUCCCGUGAGAUUACUAAACAACUCAGUUCCCAGAAACUUUUGGCUAAAACCCCCACCACUGCACCAAUCACAAGCAAGCCACAGCAAACAUUCGCUCAGGUUGUUAAAAAACCAACCAUUUCCCGGAUUCUUCGAUCUUCACCGAUAACUCCAUCACCGACCACUACUACCCCAGUAAGCGGCUCACUACGAUCUGGCAAAACUCGUCUGCCGUCAACCCCAUUGACUAACACUAAGCCCUCGAAACACCCAACUACUACAGUGGUAAAUAAACAGGUUAGUCAACCUUUGACAAAAUCACCUCGCCCUAAAUCAUCCACUUUGCUGAAAAUUGAUAAGACGGUGAUAAUAAAACCGAAAAUAGCCCAAGAUGCAGAUACUACCAGAACAGAGAUUCAAAAGUCCCUCAACCCGGUCGAUCUUGAGGUAAUUGACGUGAGAUCUCUUUCUAGUGGCAGCCUUGCUAUCAGGUGUGCCACGGUAUCGUCAGCACAAAAAUUACAGCACACUGUUGAGAGUUCUCUGUCAGAAAAAUUUGAUGCAGAAAUGCAAACUCCUCUGAAACCCCGUCUCAAGAUCUCAGGGUUCUCGAAUGAAUUUUCCGACAAUCAGCUGAUUAGCACUAUCGUCCAACAAAACAAUCUGCCCUCCACUGCCUCACUGAAAGUUAUUCGGAUGAAGGAGCUUAAAUCGUCACCUGAAACACAUGCGUUCGCGAUCUUAGAAGCAGAUGUUAACACAUUCAAUCUACUCUCCCGGAUGAAAAACCUAAAUAUCGGAUGGAACCGCUGCACCGUUCAUGAACACGUAGACGUGCGACGGUGCUACCGUUGCUCCGAGUAUGGCCACUAUGCUACAAAUUGCACGAAACCACAAAGUUGUCCGAUAUGCGCGGAGGCUCACCUUUUGACCGAAUGCAACGCUACAAUUGAAAAAUGCGCGAAUUGUGUUGCAUUUAACCGAGUUCAGAACCGACCUGAACAACUCGCCCUCGAAACCUCUCACUCAGCCCGGAGUACUAAUUGCCCAAUAUAUCAGAAACGACUGAAAGCAGCCAAGGCUAGGACAGACUACACUGCAUAG